AUGUCUGUCUCUGUCGUCGCUCUUGCUCCCGCCGAGGCCAAGGAGGCUAUCGCCAACGUUGUCUCCAAGGUUGAGAAGAUCACUCUGGACCUCAAGGGUGUUGCUACCAACGUCGACGACCUCCAGGGGCUGCUUAUCGAGUACAAGCCCGAUGCCGUCCUCAUUACCUCGGCCUUUGCCGACAAGGCUGAGGCGAUCCGCAGUGGCAUUCUCGCCGUGAACAAGGACGUCACCGUGGUUGCUAUUCCUGAGGGCAAGACUGGACCCGAGGCUAUUGAGUGGCUCAAGACCCAGUUCGCCAAAUAG